AUGAAGCGCCCGAGGUGCAGUGCGGGUGCGGGGUGUUUUUCCGUCCGGACAGAUCUGUUGCUUGUUUGCUUGUUUUGUUCGGCUCUUUCACCAGCCUAACCGGCUCAUUUACCCAGUAUUCCUCGUCUCGAUCAGACCCUCUGGAAAUCAUGGCUACUUUACAGCAAGUGAUUGCUCGAGCCGUCAGCCGACCCACCUUCAAUGCGAUCCGUGGUGCAGCUGCGAGCCGAAACUACUCAUCUGCGGCUACCGCUGCAAAUGGAUUUCAAUUCGAGCUCAGCGAAACUCAGAAGGAGUACCAAGAGCUGGCUCGCAAGUUUACAAGGGAUGAGAUCAUUCCUGUUGCUGCAGAGCUGGAUCGAACUGGAGAGUACCCUUGGGACAUUCUGAAGAAAGCUUGGGGGCUUGGCCUUUUGAAUAACCACAUCCCAGCUGAUAUUGGUGGUCUGGAAAUGGGAGUUUUUGAUGGUUGUUUAAUUGCGGAAGAGUUUGCGUAUGGUUGCACUGGUGUGAAGACUGCAAUUGAAGCCAGUGGUCUUGGGCAAACUCCUGUCCUUGUGGCGGGUAACAAGGAGCAGCAAAAGAAAUAUCUUGGACGUCUUCUUGAAGAACCUCUAGUAGCGGCAUAUGGUGUGACUGAACCUGGUGCAGGAUCUGAUGUCAAUGGCAUCAAGACUCGUGCUGAGAAGAAGGGUGAUGAAUAUGUCAUCAAUGGUCAAAAAAUGUGGAUCACCAAUGGAGGCGUGGCCAACUGGUACUUUGUUCUUGCCCGAACCAACCCUGACCCUAAGUGCCCAGCUAGCAAGGCUUUCACUGGUUUCAUCGUAGAUAGGGAUACACCCGGCUUGACUCCUGGCAGAAAGGAAAAGAAUAUGGGUCAGAAAUGUUCAGACACCCGUGGCAUUACUUUUGAAGAUGUGAGAGUGCCAAAAGAAAAUGUGCUUAUGGGAGAAGGAGCUGGAUUUAAAAUUGCUAUGCUUACAUUUGACAAAACCCGACCCCCAGUUGCUGCUGGUGCGACUGGUUUGGCUCAGAGGUGUUUGGACGAGGCUGCAAAGUAUUCUCUGGAGAGGAAAGCAUUUGGUACCCAGAUUGUCAACCACCAGGCUGUUGCCUUUAUGCUUGCUGACAUGGCUAUUGGAAUUGAAACCUCACGUUUGGCAUGGAUGAGAGCUGCAUGGGAGGCAGAUCUUGGCACAAGCAAGAGAGUGCCAUAUUAUGCCUCUAUUGCUAAAGCUUUGGCAGCGGAUGUUGCAAAUAAAUGUGCUACUGAUGCAGUCCAGAUCUUUGGAGGAAAUGGUUUCAACACUGAGUACCCUGUUGAGAAACUGAUGCGUGAUGCCAAGAUUUUCCAGAUUUAUGAGGGUACAGCUCAGAUUCAGCGACUUAUUAUCUCAAGGAACCUCAUGGCUAGCUAUGCCAGCUAAAUAUUUUAAUAACUCCCCAUGAGAAUGUGAUAUCAAAGGAAGAUGCUUUUUUAUAGUGUAGGCCUUGAAUAUAUCUUCUAUUGUGCUUUUUGCAGUAAAUACAUUCAAAUCAUGUCAAUUGCCAACUGACGUUUUUUCAUCAUGGCCGUGAAGAUCAGUAUUUUAGUGCUUUUCGUGUUACAGUUUCAUGUAAUUGUGAAUUCAGCGCUAUUUUUGUCUCAUCAGAUGUGUAUAUAGGUUGAAACGGUCUAAAAAAAAUGACAUCACCAUUUUAAUAAUGUCCUGUGUAUAUUUUUAUACUUAUUUUUGUUGUUUGUAGUAUACCUUGCCCAUUGUUAAUUUUUUUUUUUUAAAUGAAUUUUCAGCUGUGAGUGUUUUUGUAUUAAUAAAGUUUAGAUUUUACUGAAAUUCUCAAA